AUGGGUAAUCCCUUUAGGGAUCCUCUCAGCAGCUUCCUAAAACACUGGCUGCUGGUAUACCUGUGGUUCCUGAAAGAACACAGCACAAGGGCCCCAGAGGAGCUUCUUCCAGUACUUAGACUAACUGCAGCAGCUAUGCACCAGAAAAUACAGCUUCAGGUUGAAAACUAUCUGUUUCUCAAGUACAUCAGUGAGGACAUGAUUUCGCCUUCCCGGAAGCUCUGGAGGACGUUCGUGGUAAAAGGCGUCGCGAUGUGUGGGGACUGUGUCGAGAAGGAAUAUCCUAACCGGGGUAACACCUGUCUGGAGAAUGGAUCUUUUCUACUGAACUUUACAGGAUGUGCAGUGUGCAGUAAGCGGGAUUUUAUGCUGAUUACUAACAAAUCCCUGAAAGAGGAGGAUGGAGAAGAAAUAAUUACCUAUGAUCAUCUGUGUAAAAAUUGUCAUCAUGUCAUUGCCAGGCAUGAGUACACAUUCAGUAUCAUGGAUGAAUUUCAGGAAUACACCAUGCUGUGUCUGUUAUGUGGCAAAGCUGAAGAUACUAUAAGUAUUCUCCCUGAUGACCCUCGACAAAUGACUUUGUUAUUCUAAGAUUCCUAGUUCUGUUGUAACCAUGUUGGUUAGUUUAAAAUACAGCAAUCCUGAUGUUUUAUCUAAUAAUGAAACUUCUUUGCAUAUUUUAAUUAAUUUAUUUUUUGUUUUUGCUGCUUAAACAGCAAUUCUUUGAACAAAAAAGUAAAGGAGAUUUGUAUUUCCCUAGAGCCAAGCUUUUGCUGAAAUUUCUACGUAACAAUUAUCUGACCAGAAAGUAACUAAAUUAAGUGUACACCUAGAGCCUGAAUCUUGCUUUUGCCAUAGAAGGAACCAGAACUCCUUGGGAAAAUGACUGGUAGAAUUGGGGAGGAAAUAUGCAAGAUGAGUCUGGAGCAUCUAUGCCACAAAAAACCAACAACAAUGAAGUCAUAAAAAAAUAACACAAUGACCAGGAGUAUGUCAGAUAGACAAAGGAGCAACUAAGAAGUUCCCAAUUACCACACCUGAACAACUUGAACAAAGAAAUAAAUGAAGUGGUAUUGGAACACGACCCAAACUAUAUAAUAAAUUAAUCCAUUCUGAUGUUAAUAAGUGAUUGAAUGAAUGAAUGAAAGAUGGAUGGAUACAAACAAAUCUCCCAUGGGUAAAUAAUUUCUUCUUUUUUUUUCUUUUGCCAGUCCAGGGGCUUGGACUCAGGGCCUGGGCAAUGUC